AUGCUUAAAAAGGUUGAUCCCACUAAUCCUAUUUUGGUGGCGUACAUGCAAACUAUCAAUCCUUCGAUUGAAAUGGGGGUUUUACUUCGAAAAAGCACUGCUACCACAUCAAAAAAGAGAAAGGAGUCCAAGAAACAGGCUAAGGAGAGUCCUUCAACACUAGAGCAAGUGGAGAAUGUUGUUAAAGUCACUUCAAUAAAGGUGGUUAAGUCUGCUCAACCAUCGAAGGAAAUACACAAGCUUAUUGUUGAUGAAUCUUUUUCACCUAUGUCGGAGGUCAUGCCUUCGAAAUCUGGGAUUUUAAAACUCUUGAAGAAGAUGGCUCACUGGCCUCGUCAUUCUUCAGAUAGGUCUAGCAGUUUUUCUCCUAAGGUUGGUUUGCAGAUCACUCGUAAGUUCCAAAUUAAUCGCAAAGGUGUUGUGAUUCGAGAGAUUCCAACUCCUGUCUCUCUGGUGUCUAAAAAGCAAAGGGCUGGAGAUAUGGCUAAAAAGCUUGUUAAAAGGAAAAAUAAAGUGGUAAUUGAGAAUGAAGAUGAAGUUAUAGCGGCAUCACCUAUUCAUGAUCAUUAUACGAUUGUUUCCUCACCGAAGAAAGUGGUAAUUGAGAAUGAAGAUGAAGUUGUAGCGGCAUCACCUAUUCAUGAUCAUGAUACGAUUGUUUCCUCACCGAAGUGA